AUGGUGUCGUUGAGCUUCAAGGUUUUGGCGGCCAUGGUCGCUGCCGCCGCUGUCCAGGCCAACAGCGAGUUUGAGCUCGAGGCUCGUGAUUGGGAGGCCCGCCGCUUGGUCCCGCGCAAUUUUGAACUCCUCACGACCAAGCUUACACUGUUGGUGCACAAGGAUAGCUUCAAGACGGUUACCAAGUACAAGACCGUCACCGUCACCGCAGACUGUGGGGCCACAACGACGUUUUCCGACCCGGCCCCCAGUUCCACAGAAACGUUCUCAGCCCCGACGGAGACCUCGUCCACAACGGACAGUACUGUCCCCACGACCACCACGGAUUCGUUCCCGCUCCCUACUUUGACGGAUCCAACCACCUCCAGCGAUACAUUCACAAUUCCGUCGGAUACGUUGACCGCUGGGCCCAGUGUAACUGACACUGGUGCCACCAGUCUCCCGACUAGCAGUUUCACUGAUACGAUUGGCGUACCGGGUGGAAACGCAACCACCGAUCCUGGAGCGACGACGACGGCGGGUACCGAGACAGCUCUCCCGACCUUCAGCGAUACGGUCGUUCCUUCCGGUACCGUAGCCGGCGGCUCCAACGCCACAGACCCGUUCGGGAGCCCGACCAGCGACCCGUUAGCGAGCCCGACUAGCGACCCGUUCGCGACCACGACCACCAUCACUUCUGACCCACUGGCCUCUCCGACGAGCACCCCAGCCGCGGAUCCACUUGGUAUCUUUGGACCGUCGACCGAGACUACGGAUGUGACGCUCGUAACUGACCCUACGGCACCUACACCGACCGCCCCAUCAAUCGCGAAGCGCAUGAAAAUCGGUCGUUGGAAUUAG